AUGGAUGCCGAAGGAUCUAAACUAGCAGAAUACAUCACACAGACUGGACACGAGAUCAAUUGGAAGGCAACAGAAAGAAGAGCCCCAUGCGGUGACAACACAAUGAAGCGCAAGAUUACGGAGGUCAUUAACGUCGUUGGGGAGAAAAAUCUAAUGAACAAGAGAUUGGAGGAAGGUAAAGUUAGCGAUAACUUUUCCUACUGCUUAAGCAAACUUGGGGAAAACAAGAAUGGAACAAGACCAGAAAAAAAAGAGACGCCUGGAUCAAGGAUCUGCCGCCAACCGGAGAAAAAGGGAUCGCGAUGA